AGAUACUAAUUGAAGAAUACAGAUUAGAGUCUAAUAAUCAUAAUGAAAGGUUUCCUUUUGGCUUUUGUCCUCUUGGCUUUGACUUCCUCUUUUGCCUCCGCUUUUAACCCCAGUCCUCUUCAGGACUUCUGUGUUGCGGUUGAUGAACCCUUGAAUGGUGUAUUUGUGAAUGGGAAGUUCUGCAAGGACCCCAAUCUCGCCGAAGCAGACGAUUUCUCCUCUUCAGUUAAAUUGCCUGGAGACACAAACAACCCAGUUGGUUCAUAUGUCACAGCUGUGAAUGUAGAUGAAAUUCGAGGACUUAACACUCUUGGCAUAUCAGCUGCCCGUAUUGACUUUGCACCUUAUGGCCAAAAUCCACCUCACACUCACCCUCGAGCCACUGAGAUUCUUGUUGUCCUGGAGGGUACUCUUCUUGUUGGUUUCGUCACUUCCAAUCCCAACAACACACUUAUCACAAAAGUUCUAAACAAGGGCGAUGUGUUCGUUUUCCCCAUUAGUCUCAUUCACUUCCAAUUCAAUGUCGGAAAAACAAAUGCGAUCGCCUUUGCUGGUUUAAGCAGUCAGAAUCCUGGUGUUAUUACUAUAGCCAAUGCAGUAUUUGGAUCAGAUCCUCCCAUUGAACCAAAUUUCCUAGCAAGAGCCUUCCAGUUGGACGUUGAUAUGGUGAAAGAUCUCCAGGCAAAGUUCGGGAUGGAUGGCAAUUAGGGAAAUCGUCCAAUGAAGUGAAGCAACUUAUUUGAAUAAUGUGUCCUGUCUUUUGAUGACAUUUAUAAUACGCACUAAAAUUAUGAAAUAAAAAGGUAGCAUACAUGAUAUGUAUACCUCAAUCCGUCUAUGAAUGUUUUUGGUUAAUUAUAUAA